UUCGUGACGUAAGGACUGUUCCACACGAUGUGCACAUAAAGAACCUACAAGCAAGGUGUACACGAACGUUGAUGGCGUCAUCAGAUAUCAGGAAACGCUUACCAAGGCCAAAACGCUUAAACAGCGCCACUCCAGUCGCGCGUGUGUACGGUUUGAUGGGGGUGAUUCGAGAACACCGCCGUCAAAUCAAACAGACAUCCGUUAUCUGUCGCUGGUAAACACGAUUAUGGAUUGGAUAGCAGGCGGUAGCAUCAUGGUAAACGUGACUCUUAUCGUCUCAACUUUAUGAGCCUGCAUAACACGCAAGGCCAUACCGGGGACGCUAAAACACAUACAGUUAAAAAUGUGAUGGCAAAAAGUGCCAAGCACGCUGUAAACAACGUGUUCUUCAAUAGACAGUGUGUUGACGUCACACCUGCGUCCGAACAUCAACUGGAAUAUAGUCCCGGCGAGACACUCGUUAAAAUAUCUUCCGGAUUUGAUAAUAAUUAAAUUCAUCGCGGAGAGUCUGAUUGUUUAAUGAGAUAUUAACCUUGUUGUGCAGUUGGAUUAAUGGCUCAAAAUUAACCAAUUCUGCAUGAGUAAUGUCUGAAUAAUGUACAAAAAAGCCAACUUUGAAAAGGUCACUUUCUCUAGACUGUAGGAGAAUUGCUUUAAGGAAUAGUCACGUUUUAUCUCCUCGCUUCUUCCGUAAUCAUCGAAACCAUUGAUGUUUUUGCGAAGUCUUCGCAUGGACUCUAGCCUCGAUGGGCACUGGUAGGUGUUCCUUUACGCUGUGGGGCAAGGACUGCGACCGAAAUACAUGAUUUUUAAACCCCGAGGAAUCGGGUGGUCAGUGGAUUCAAUCUUGGUUCAUCUCACGGGACGGAUUUGUAAUUUUCUCCCGGGGCCUGACUGAUGCUGAUUGCUCCUAUGAAGGACUUCCCCGCGGUAAUUCCCGCGGUGGCCACCGUGAAUAUGAUGACCUCCAAACCAGAACGAGUUCUAGGGGAGUCAGCGCUGAUUCAGACAGAUGGCAAUGCCCUUCUCAAGGCGGCAUGGCUGGGUAGGCUCCGCCUCAUGCGUCUACUCAUCGAAGGAGGCACCGAUGUGAGUAAGACCAACGAUGAGGGCAGGACAGCCCUCAUGGUGGCUUGCAGUAGCACAUAUAAAGACACUCAGAGCACCACCAAGAGUAAAAUCGUUAAGUUCCUCUUGGAGAAUAAGUGCGACCCCAACGUCCAGGAUAGACACGGGCGAACGGCUUUGAUGUACGCUUGCCUGGAUCACGCUGGUACCGAAGUGGUGUCAGUAUUUCUUAAACACAAUUCUGAUGUCAGGAUAGUUGAUAAGAAAGGCUCCUCGGCCUUGGUUUACGCCAUUAACGCAGGAGACCCAGACGUCUUGAGGUUGCUGGUGGACGCUUGCAAAGCACAGGGUAAAGAGGUGAUUAUUAUCACCACAAAUAAAGAGAUUGGGUCACGAGAGCCAGUGACGAGACAGUAUCUAGAUAUUCCACCAACUCUUCCACAGAGUCCGCCGUAUGGUGUGUGCGUCACGCCCUCUGAAAUCAGCCUAAAGCACGAGUCUCAAGCUCUCAAAGUGACCCCAUCGCUAACUUUGAAACCACCUGAAGAUCAGGUUGAAAAUCAAGACUCUUUUAAGAAACAAUCCAAGGAGCUCUCAUCUGUUGUUGCCCACCACCAUCUUGAACGCUCUGCGUCAUUCGAAGGAUCAAGUACUGAGAAUGAUUUGUCAUUACACCGGACACAACCACCACCACGAAGCAUCCCAUCUCCUAAUGAGGUUUCUGAAAGUAAGCUUGCCUCUGCUGUUUACCAGCGUCGGCUAGGCCGAAGAGGGAGCUGUGCAUCCUUGACGGAUGAGGGCUCUCAAUCACCCAGACAGAGAGGCAAUACAUCACCAUCCCAAACAUCCAUCAAGAGCCUUAGUGAUCUACAGUUACAGAUCAUAAGUACUCCUGAUCGAACACCAAGUCCUCCACAACAGCCGCCGAGAAGACCUCUGCAACGCCGGCAGAGCGCCGAGGCUUUCAACACCGCCACCCUGCAGGGAUUGUUACCCCCUUCUCAGCCGGUUAGACAGAAACUUACCGUGACCAACUCAAAUCCCAUUGAAGGGUUAUUAGAAAUAAACACACCACGCCCGAAUGUGAUGCCCAUGUCUACUAUUCUGUCAAGCAGAAGGUGUUCACUUCCAGGCAUGCCUCCUCCUCUCCGCAAAUGCCACACCGUCCACUCUAUCAACGUAUCUGACCUCUUAGAGAACAAACCUUCGCUUCCAGCGACAAGCUGCCCAAACAAUUUACAGAGUAGUCACGGUGACCUGAUGGAGGAGACCGCAGAGUGCGACGACGAUGAGGAGGACACCGAGGGACAAACUCUCAAACAGGCUGUCUCCAAGGGCGUUCUGGACGGUGGUCCAGGAGGCCUGAUUGCCAUGCAUCGACGCCAGAGGUGCAGGGAGCGGAGAGGGUCUGCCCCGUUUAUCCUGGAGGACGAACUAGCUCAAACUAGGCCAGGAAGGCUGCCUCCUCUGAAGGUCAGUCCCAGCGUACCACUUCCUGGUAUCGGUCGCUUGAAAGAGCCAGUGGUCAGAUCAGGACCUUCCAGUCCUAGCAGGAUGGAGAGGGUGGACAGAAGACAUUCCAUGCAGCCAGAGGACUUGCGGAGUCUGACGUCAUUUGCAGCCAGGAGCAGAGGGAGUUUUCGCAAUAAACAUAACAGCCACAGCACUGAGUCGACAGACAGCAUCUGAUUGUCGUUCAGGUUGCUUGCUGUCGACACAUUGCCGCUAUGUUGUCACAAUGCCGUAAAAUAUAAUAUAUUAGCGUGAAUAUGGUAAAGUUUGUCAAAUAACAAUAAUUUUAAUUUGAAGGGAAAAUGCUGUCAUUCGACAGAGAGUAGGCAAAUGUUCAGUACUACCUCCUAAUUUCCUUCUCAUUUUAUUUGUUUGUUAUUUAGCUUUUCCUUAUAUUUUUAUUUAUUUAUUCACUUAUUGAUUGACUGAUUUAUUUAUUUUAAUUUGUAUGUAUUCUAUUUGGGGGUGGGGGAUUAGGGAGAAUACUUUUAAUAUGUACAGUUUCAAAAUAGUGUAAAUGGCAGCGGUUUGACCGACAUUACAAAAACUGUGUUCAUCCUUUCGCACCAAUAUUCGCAAGUGAGUUGAGCAGAGUUGAACGCUGCGAAUUUGUGACGUCAACAUUCGU